GGAAAAUGGUAAGAAAUUGAAUAAUCCAAAUAAGUUUUUAUAUGGAAAACAUUCAAUCGAAUUGUAGAGAACUACUAACAUUACCAACUGAGAUAAUAAAAGAUAGCUGAACCAUGAAAAGCUUUCAUCUUAAUCAAGAAAGAUAAAUAUGAGAAGAAUAACAGGAUUUCUAUUUCUGAUUACAAGUGGCUUGGUCACAGGACAGUCGUCAUGGUCAUCUUGGAGUGGACAAGGUCCUCAAACUAAUGAUUUGACUUUUUGGAUGGAUAGUGCUUCUCAAUGUUCUGCCAAGCAGUUUAAUGUGGGCACAAGUGCCAUUACAAUUUAUGGAAAAGGUGCAGUCCAGAGCAAUCCAGGAGCUCUUACAGAAUGUCAAAUAACAUUGAUUAGUGAAAAAACUGGAGAAAUGAGGAGAUUUCAAGUAGAAAUUAAACAGGCAACCAUCAAUGAACAGAAUGUUGAUUUUACAAUGUAUGAUGGACAGAGUACAGGUUCUAAUAGACUGUUUACAGCAUCGAAAGGAUCUCAACCAAAUACACAGAUAAAAUAUACAACAUCAGGAAAUUCUGUCACAUUCUAUUUUACUAGAAGUUCUCCUGCUAAUUUGGAUUAUAAUAUAGAAAUAGGAGUCAUUGUUAUUCCAGGGGAUCCUACCAGCCAAGAUGAAUGUAGAACUGGGAAUGAAUAUGGCUGCAAUUAUUACGGCUAUAAACAGGUUAUUGAUAAAGAAACAGUUAUUGGUAUUGUAGGUGGCAUUUUUGGGCUGAUUGUUUUCAUAGUUAUACCAAUCAUUGUUAUUUGCUGUUAUCGAAGGAGUAAAGGGGUUAACAAAAAGUGGGAUGAAUUCAAACUUCAUGAUACAGUAACAAACACUGCAGCUGAUAUUCACAAUUCUAAUGCAAGCUUAACAACAACAAAAUCUAAAAAAGGUCCAUGGACAUCCCAGAGUUCCAGAGUACCAUAUUCUGAUGGAAAGAGAUCUUAUGGGAGAGGGAGCAGAUAUAGUGAUGGUGGAGAAAGUGAAUUUAGUGCAAGUAUUGACAUUCCUCCAAAAGGUAGGCCUCCUCCUCCUCCAUAUGAUGAAUAUGACAGGGGGCGUUCCUAUAGAGAUGGUCCUCGAAGUAAUAGGAAUGGAUAUCGAGACGAUAGGAACAGAAAUGAUCGCUAUGAUGAUAGGGUGGACAGAGAUUACAGAUCUGAGAGGAACAGUAGGCCUCGGUAUGAUUCUGACAGGAAAUCUUAUUACAGUUCCUCAGAUGAUACUUCAUAUGUUCAAGGAAGAGAUGAUCAUCCACAGGAAGUUUUCAUCGAAAGAAUAAUAGAACCUCGGGUAAAACCCAAAUCAAAAGCAGAGUUACAAAAGCGUGCAAAAUAUGAGGAAGAUGAUGAAGAUCCGUACGAUAAAAUUGUUGACAAAGAUAGUCCAAAAUUUAAACCAAAGAAAGCAGUCAAAGAGAGUGCCAUACAGUGUGAGCAAGAAUCAUCUGAGGAUAAUGAGUCAAAUACUGAGAGUGAUGAUGAACCACUAUCAACUGAUGAUGAAGAUAUGAUCAAGAAAAAGAAAAAUGAAGCACAAAAAGCAGCUUUAUAUGCAAAGCCAAGCAAAAAAGGUAGAAAACAGACACAAGCUGAGCCUGCUCCACCUCCAGCUGUUGUCCAACCAACACAGCCUGUACAUAUGGUCCCUGGCCAGCCUGUAUUCUACAAUGUACAGGCACCAAAUGGUCCACCAUUCCCAAGACCAAUUCCUCCAGUGCAACAACCAUACUUUACUCAACCUACUCAUCCUCGUCCAUUCAUGUCUAUUUCAGGUCUACCUCCUCAGCAACCCAUGGGAUACCCUCCUCCCAUGUCUGCAAGAUUUCCUCCUCCUCCUCCUGCUCAGGUACACAGGCCACCAGCUCCUCCAAUGUACACUUCCUCACAAGCUGCUCCCCUGCAGCCUCCAGUAUUCACACAUUUAGUACAGAGAGGUUAUGGCAGACAAUCACCAAGCUUAGACGGUUCAGAAGGAGGUAGGAAUCAAACAGACGAUUCAGACAGGACAGCUAAUCUAGGAAGUGGAGUAGAAUUUAUGAAAAGGACAACUACAACUGUUUAAUUGACAAUGUUAUAGGUAAACUAUAUUAUUCUUUUUGUAGAAAUUUUGCUAAAAUAUAGACAGUUAGCAUGUAAAGAAAGUUCUACAUGGAAUCUCAAGACUUUGAACUGGUAAAGAAAAACAAUUAUUUGGAAGGAUUUUAGAAACUGAAAAAUAAUAGGAUCAAUAAUAAAAAAAAGUUUGAGAUAAGAAGGGAAGUUUGACUGAAUUAAAAAAAAAUAAUAAAGGAAUAAUUAAGUGCAAUUUACCUAUUAUGGUAAUUAAUUUUUGUUCAAUCUGUAUAAUUAUAGAUUUUAUUAUAUGAUAUGUACAAUUCAUUUAUAUAUUUGUAUGUUUCUUGUAUAUUUUAUGCUAUAUAUUAGAUGUACUACAUGUUAGUAUUUAGUAAUCAUUAAUACAUUUUGUAGCAUAAUUAGUAAUUGAAAGUGCUGUUUCUGUGUAUUUGAUUUAAAGGGAUUUUUUUUUAGAAGGCUGGGUUCUUCUAUUAAAGUUAUUAUGAUACAAAAUAACUGGUUUGUACUUGUGGAAAGAAGUAGCAGAGUGCACAAGAAGGAGUUGUUUUGAUAGACUUUAACUUUUUAUCUUGUAAACCAAAAAAAUAUGUCCUAUGGUGACAAAAAGUAUUACCGUAAGUGAUGAUCAUUAUAGAUUUGACUUUGAGGGUUAAAAAUGACUAUGCCAUCUGAUGAAAUGCCAAAAAAUGUUAAGUGAAUAUGUAUUUUAAUUUUGGCUAUUUCUAGUUAUCAAGAUUUAAAAAAAAAAGGUCAUGUCUAUUUUAAUUAACAUUUUAAAGGCUAAUAAUUAUUAAAUCAAUCCUUAAAAUAUUCAACAAGCCUAAAAUUUCUAAUUGUAAAUCAUAGAUUAGAUUUAUCUUUCUUGUUGGUUCAAUACAUUGUUAUUGAUAUUAUACCCUCCAAGGGAAUCCCAGUAAGCUAUAUUUAAAUGGUACUAUGUCUUCAUCAUGUGUGUAUGACUUUGUUUUGACAUACCACUAAAUUAACAAUUUUUACAAGUUCUUAAGAUUAUUUUUUAAUUGGAUAUAGGAAUGGAGGCUUAACUUGUAGAAUUCUUCAAGACAUUGAAUUCUGUUUUGGUUGAAAAUUUCCAUUUGAUGGUAUGAGUUGUUUGAAUGUAACUGAAUAUGAUAAAAUGUUAAGAUUGAUUCUCAUCUUGCUGUCCACAUUUCUGAUUUAUGUUCCUUAGCUUUCCUUGUAGAUCAUUUAUACUUUUGUUUGUUACACUAUUAGGCCAAGACAAAUAAUUUGAGUACAUUUGGCCUCGGUGGGUAAGUGGUUUAAGUAGUCGAACUACUGUAUCACUGGCCUGUCAACACUAUGCGAGUUCAUAUCCCACAUGUGGCAGGUGCACUGGACUCCAAUCUUGAUUGACUAGGAUUGUCAGUUUUCCCAUCGAAGGUCCGUGGUCCUCUCCAGGCACUCUGGCUUCCUCCACCAAUAAAAACUUACCACCACGAAAUAGCACUAUAGUGCUGAAAGUGGCUUUAAACACCAAUGAAUCAAUCAAGUACAUUUCACCAACUUAUUGUAUGCUCUACCAUGUUUCCAUAGAUCCCAGAAAAGAUAUUUUGCAUAAAAAAAUUCUGUACCAGUAACAAAAAACAGUUGUUUUAUAACUUUUACUUCUCUGCAAGCAGUAAAUAUAUGUAUUGAGAAGCAUUUUAAAUGAUGUUAUCAGAAUUUUAAUGUUUUAAUAUUUUCAAAUUUAUGUUUUUAAAUGAAUUCAGAUAUUUUUUAUAUUUUAUAAGAUAUUACAUUGUUAAUAGUGUAUAUUUAAGAUUUAGAUUUUUUCUUCAAUGAAGACCAUUUUUAAGGAAGUACAAUUAGUACAUGUAUAUUCAUCAUUUUUAUAGUAUUUCAUCAAAUCAAAUCAAAUGAACAUCUGAUCAAUAAAUAUUGAUCAGAUGUACAUUUUAUCUUAAUCAGAUCAAGAAAAUUAAUUUAAAACCAUUUCAUUAUUAAGUCUCUUUUUUUUCUGUGUUACCUUCAAAAAUAUUAUAAAUUGUCCUUGUAUAGCAUUAUAAUAUUUCCCAUAGAAUGUAAAAAAAAGUAACACACAGUAUUCUAUGAUAUUGCACUAGUGCAAAUAUAGUGUCAUCAUUGAAAAAAAUUGUUUUAAAAAGUUUUUCAAACUUUGAUAUACAUUAAAGGGGUUAAUAUUCAUGAAUAUUGGUGAAUAUUAUCCCUGUAUAUUAUCAAUAUUCAUGCAUUAACCCUAUAACAUUGGUAAUAAACAAUUAUUUGUAUCAAUGGUUGCACAUUAAUGAAUUCAUAUGAUAUGAAAGUUUGUAACAACACUAGAUGGCAUCUGGGACUGACGGAUACGAAUGUAUUAGUCCCAGAUUGCAAGUUUUAUUUACCAAUAAUGUAAAAGUUAUCUGCUGUAAAUAUCAAGCAUUGAAUAUGAAUGCACAUAUGUUUUUAAUCUGAAGUACAUUUGUUGUAUCUAUUUAUUUUAAGGAUUAAAACUGGUUGUAUAUCUGAAUACUUUUAGAUAUCUUUGUUUGUGUAAACUUCCGACAUAUAUUUCCUAUCUUUUAUGAUUAUCUGUUACAUGCAUACAGUAUCAAUGUAAUUUUUUUUUUAAGUGUUGCCUCUGGAUGUUUCAAAACAACAAUCUAACAAUCAGUUUCCAAGGACUUUAUUCCUCUGAAAAAAAGUUUGAUUCUUUUUAUAUUAUCAUCUUUAAAAUUUUAAUCUACCAGUUGUUUUUUACAUUCCAAAUCAAUUUAUCUAUAUCAAAAUGUAUGUGAUUUUGUGAUAGUUUUUAUAUUUAAUUGGUGUUCAUUGAUCGACUGCAAAGCAGUAAGUUAUUUGAUUUUUGUAAGGAAAAGUAAUAAAUAAUUUAACAUA